AUGUCUUUUGGCUUCGGAGUUGGCGACUUCCUCGCCGCCGGUGAACGCUGUUUGAAACUACACCAUGCUGUGUGCGAGGUGUCUCAAGAUGCACCCGUGGAGUUACGCGGAAUCCGAGACGAGCUGAGAGCCUUGUUGAAUACCAUAUGGCUCCUCAACAACGACAUCCAAGAUUAUGGUCCAGAUCAGGAGAGAAAUCUUAAUGUUGUAGUUGAUAUCAUGAGAAAAGUCAAUGACACCCUCCUUGAGGUCCAAAGUCUCGCAGAAAAACAUGGGUUACUACAUGUUCCAGAAAAGGGAGGUGCCAGCAGACAGAGCCUCAAGGUCCAGUGGGGCAGUUUUAUGCUUUCGAAGGAGUGGAGUACUGUUAAUGAGCUGAGAGCAAAGGCACAAUCACAGCUAUACCAUGCCGAGCACCUUGAAACCACUCAAUACAAUCAGAGUCUUGUUGACCUUUUGAAAUCCUCAUGGAUACUCACAGACGUCAUCCCAACACCGCCGGGUUUCACGUCGGAUCCUCAAUAUCAGAUCUUCAAACGGCUGAUGCAGGCACUAGGGGCGGAGCACGACAAGCUUGCAGACAUAGCCUUAUCUGAGCCUAGUUUGGAGCAAUUGUUGGCAACUGAUUUGAGCAUCUGGUGCUCUCCAACAGCUGUCGAGGAGCACAUGCAAAGGCUUCAGAGAUGGCUCUCCGCGCCAGAUCCCUCCACGAAUUACAGACGAGCUCUACAGCAACGACAAGAUGGUACGGCUCUUUGGUUCUUCGAAAGCGACGAGUUCUCUCAAUGGACAUCCACCACGGACUCCAGACUCUGGCUCAGUGGUAUUCCUGGCUGUGGCAAGACUGUUCUCAGCUCAGCCAUCAUCGAGAAAUUGGAAAUGGACUCCUCCCACACCGUCCUCUAUUUCUUUUUCGAUUUUUCCGAUGCGGAGAAACGAUCCUUGGAGGAUAUCCGGGAGCAUAUUGAGACAGUCUUGACAAGAAAGGCUGAUGGACUAUUUCGCUGGGCAAGUCUACAGCUGGAUGCUCUGGGCAAGAUCAAUGAGUAUGGCGCUCUACAGGAAGCACUGGAAUCCCUGCCGCCAACAUUGGACGAGACAUACCAACGAAUUCUUGAGGAAAUCCAACCUAAUUAUAGGCGUCGCACCCUCACACUAUUACAAUGGCUGGUAUUCUCGGCGCGUCCCCUGACAGUUCCAGAGCUUGCCGAGGCCUUAGCCUUGGAAACUGAAGAUGAACCAAGACGAUAUCCAUCAGAUCAGACAUUAUCUCUGAGCCAGAUCCAAAAAUACUGCUCCCCCCUCAUCGAGAUUGGCCCAUCUGACACAAUCCGGCUUGCACAUUUUACCGUCAAAGAGUAUCUGACCUCAGACCGGCUUGACAACGAAAUCCAGCCACACUUUACGGAACGGGUUGCUAGGGCACAGAUUGCAAAAUCUUGCUUGGGAUACUUGAUCCAACUGGAUAAAGAUGAUAUUCCACAGAGCCUCCGUGAGAACUUUCCUCUGGCGAGCUAUGCGUCAAGAUACUGGAUGAGCCAUGCUUCUGCCGCCGAGGAGUGGGACGUUGAAGUGAGCGGAUUUUGCGGGGAACUCCUACUCAAGCCCAAGGCGUUCAAGAAUGCCUACCGGCUCUACAGCCUGGAUCGGCCUUGGAGGAAUACACAUACGACACCGAUACUCGAAGAGGACACACCGACGCCGCUGUAUUAUGCCUCGUUGAUAGGCCUAUCACGGACGACAAGUCUUCUCUUGAAAGCUGGAGAAGAUGUUAAUCUUCUCGGUGGAGUGUACGGUACUCCCUUGCAUGCCGCCUCCCGAAAUGGACAUGCCGGCGUCGCUGAGGCGCUUAUUGCAGCUGGUGCAGACGUGAACGCCACAAACACGACCAAUUUUACCCCUCUGCAGUAUGCUAUAAUGAGACAACGUAUGGAUACUGUCAAGCUGCUUAUUCGGUCUGGUGCAAAUACCAACAGACUUGCAAAUGAGCUGUCUACGAAGUCCUCGAAGACAGUCGCGAGGAAAAAAGAGGACUUACGCAACGAAACAGAAUCUCAUUUUACUUUCACCGACGCGAGCACAUUUCCAGAAUCCGAAAUUGAAUCAAUGAGAUCAGGCCAGGCGGAAGAUGCUCAAGAAUUCCACUUACGAGCUACUGCAUCAGCUGUACGUCGUGUUCAGACACUAAGGCACGGACUCGGGACUCUCAGCGAAACAAAUAUCACUAGCGAACGUACAGAUUACGGAACAGAGCUAGGUCCAGGAGAAUCCUCGACAGAUGCAACAAGCUUGUAUACUUCAGCAGGAAAUGGUCUCGCGGUACUUGGUUCUGACGAGGACGACAAGACGUACUACUCAGGAGGCUCCGGUGUCUCGAAUUCCAAAAUCAAUGAGUUCAUCGUUGAAUUUGCCGACGAAUUGUUGGACAAAGUGCGACCUGAAAACCCGGACCAGCGCUCCAGGGACAGAGUUAAAAAGGUACUUCCUGAUCUUUUGAAGGCCUUUGCGCUCAAACUGGGUCAAAAUUCCGAGGAGAAGAUGCAUCGUGAUAUCAUUCUGUUCACACACAAGUACAGAGGGAAAAUCGCUGCUCAUUUUGAGGAAUCUUUCGGCGCUCAAGAAGAUCAAGUUCAAGACGGUCAAAAACGAGCUUCGGAAGCUAUACCAACACAGCUACGAGAAGAGAGAACCAGUAAUUGGCUUGAGACCCUGGCUGAUACCGAUCAAUACGAUCCUCUGAUCCCUUCGGGUAUCGAAGACGGUGAGGGUCACGGUCUCAAAACGGACAUCUAUAACGAGACUUUCCUGAAUGAACACAGCGAUAGCGAUAACGACGAGGACACGGUUCCAAACCAUAACGUUUACCGCGACUUCGUUAUCAGCACGGCAGCAUAUCAAUGGCUUCUUGCGGAAUUGAACAAAGAGAUCCUAUUGGAAUCAGAGGGAUGUGGGACAAUGGAGUCUAUCAGACACACGAUCAUUUCCUCUCUACGUCUUUCACGGAUAAUCAGCGCAAACAGACCUGUUGAAACCCGCCAGCUGACAUUCGAAAUCGCAUGGGACCUGAGCACUUAUCUAGAGGAGCAGCGGUUUCUUGAACCCCCCAAGAGGGCGACCACAGUCAAUAAGCUUAUGGAUCCCUCGAGGGCGAUCGAGAAAGCCAUUACCGUUACAGGCUCAGCAAAAGAUGCCCAAGUUUUGACAACCGAGCAAUAUUUGAAACAAACUUGGCCCACCACUGGAGAAUGGAUCUUGAAGGUUGUCAUGGAUGCUGUGGCCUUGGGGCAUGGCCAAAGAGUUUCAUACACAACGCCCGAUAACACAAGACUUACUGCGUGGAUGGACGCCAGAAAGUUCUUUGUGCAAACCUGCGGCACUGGACCGUCUCUGGCUGAGGUUGGACAACAAAUUGCUUGGCUCAGCACUGCUCUUCGCCCUUCACCCUACCGCUAUGGCAUCGCAUCAUGUACACCAUUUGUCCAAAAUUUCCAUCUCGACCCUAUUCAAGCGAAUAAUGUCCUCAGCUUUUGCUGCAGUAUUGACUUCAGCACCUCAAAUCUACUCCAAGCGCCUAUGCCCGCGAAAGGACAAUGCUGGCACAAUCUGUUCCGCAAUCCAGUGCUGGUAGAAGGGUUUCCUAUUCCCCGAAGGUCGUCCUCCGACACCGGACUCGAGAUACCCUUGAAUGUCAUGGCGGCGCUGGCCGACACGGAUUACGUUACGGAAUUCAACGGAAAACCUUUCAUCAAGGGAUUCUCAACCAUGUUGGUGCCAACCAUGAUGGCAAGUGAUAUCUUGGUCUGGCAUCUGCUCUACGCAAAGGAUCGAGAGCGAAUCUCUUAUUGGGAUGUGACGGUACCCCACCUGGCUGUUGGAAAGGCUGCAUUGGAAUCGAAAAGACAUGUUGUCGGAUGGUGCUCUGAAGCAAAGCUGUUGGCUGCUUUGCACUUGGUCAAGCUCACAAACCUGUUCGAGUAG